AAAAUACUAGCCGUUUGCUUUUCGCCUACCUUCAAAUUCAAACCCACUCCCCUCUUCUACCUCUCCUCACAUCUCCCCAACCAAUAGCCUCAACCCUCACCAAUGCAAACGGCUCGUCUUCUUGUCUCAGGAGAUCAGAAGCUCCGGCCAAAAUUCGGCCGGAGACCUCUUCAACCCAAGAACUCGCCGGCUAACCCUGUCAUUGGCUCCCCAUUGUCCAAGCCCAAACACGAACGGAACGAGAUCUCGCUGGUCCUCCCAGACGACCGUGCUAACAAGGAGAACCGUCCGACCUAUUCGAAGAUCGAAUCUCUGGACGGCUCGCUUGCGGAGGAGCUCAGCGCGAUCAGGAAAAAGCUCGAGAGGCUGAGGUUGGACAGAGAGAGAACGGAGAAGAUGCUCAAAGAGAGGGAUAUGGUGUUGGAGCGGAAGGCGAAGGAGCUGGAAGAGCGAGGGGAGAUCCAGAAGAUGCUCGAGAUCGAGGUUGAUAGGCUGUACAGACUGAAUCAACUCCAAACUCAAUCUAUGCUUGUUUCUCCAAUGCGAUCACUCAGAGAGAAGGAACAAGUGAAGAAGAUCAACGCAGGGGAGUCACCGAAACAAAAAUCAGAAGAUAGAGGAGAGGAGUCAGAAUCGGUUGGUGAUAACACGAUGCAAAGUCCUGAAUUCAGCUUCGUCGGGUCCUCCGAAACAGAUAAAUGAUACCAUUGUGCUUGAAUAUUCGGCCCUCUGCGAUGCUCUGAUCUGUUUCCCUGGUUAAUGUAGGGUUUGAAUGAACUUGUUUGGAAAGAGAAUAAUAUAAAUAGAUAACGCCUCGUUGUUAAUCUGUUUUGGCUG